AAACUGUAAUUCACAAAUCUACCUGUUGGCUAAGUAAGGGCCAAACACAAGUCAGAUGCACAGGCAUCGAGAACCAGAAGUAUUGACAUCUUGAAAAAUCCCUCUCUGGACAGUUCACAAUCUUACCAAGACAGAUGCUCGUUGAGCUUUUGAAGAGAUACAAGUUUGACCUCUCCUUUUAAUAAAAACAUAUGGAGGGAUUUACUGUCUUUAGGGUGGAGACACUAACCGGGCUCCGGCUUUGGUGAUGAACUUUUCUUUCCUCUGAUUGGCCAGAAUCACAAACGGACAAGCACGCUAACCAAUCACAUUCUGUUGUGGUGAGCGCUUUGGUCCAAUCUACAUGAACCAUGCAAAUUCCGAAAAAGAGUUGUAGCACUGUGGUGACAGCAUUCAGUUGUUCAUGUUUCGUUUUCAGUUUAUGUCUUCGGGCUUGUGCGAUUGUGUAAGCUCGGUGCCAUCGACGAGUGAGCUAUCCGUUAGAAGGUAUUGAAAAGCAACGUGUUUGAUAUGUCUUCGUCCCCAGGUUCCCAUUAGCCGGCAAUUAAAGCUGUCAGCUAACGGCUAAGAGCUAGCUCCGACUCUUUCGCCGGCACAGCCUCUUUGUCUGACAGGCGAAGGCGUGCUCUUUUGUUAGCCUUUUUCCCUUUGUCCACUCGGGAAAGAGGAACUGUUUGGCUACGGAUUCCGAAAGUACUUGUAAUCCUGGAAGCAAUUAGAAAAUGCAGAUCGCGAAAAAAUACUUUACAGAGGGCCUGAUUCAGUUGACGAUCUUACUUAGUUUGAUUGGAGUUCGCGUGGACAUCGACAGUUACUUAAGCGGCUACUACACGCCUCUGGCAGAGAUUAACCUAGGUCCGAGCUCAGCCUACACCCAGACACCCUUUCACAGUUUGAGGGACACCCUCGACGGAUUCAGCGUCCACCCAAAAUGCCCAGAGUUGGACCACUUCUUUGCUAGCCGCCGGCUGUUAGAGGAGGUUAGGACCCUCGGCGCCCCGCGGUUCCACACUCAGCUCAACGCAUGGCUGGUGCAGCAGGGGUCCGGGCCUUCCACCAGCACCGACUCUGACACCGGGGCCGGCCUAGAAAGCCCCGAAGAUGAGGGCAGAGGUGAACACCUGCCCGGCACUGCCCACGAAGCCAACCCCGAAGCCGAACGUGGGCCUCGUGGCGCCGGAGCCUGCUUGUUUCCUGAAGAGCAGGAAGAAGUUAAAGUUAAAGAGGAGGAAGAACCUGUUCCACUCUCCCACCUGGCUCACAGUUCUUCCCUGGAACAAGAGGGUCUGCUUGAAGGCGUCACCCCACUGCCCAAUCCAGGGGUCCACCAUCCAUUUCUCUCUGCCACUGACAUUGACUGGAGCAAUUUGCUCUCUGUUUCAGACAUAGAUGACCUGGACUCUCUUGUUCCGGAGCACCUGCCUGACCUGGACUCCGACAUCAGCAGUGCCAUCAGCCAGGACGUCAGCUUGCACGACGCAAUGGUGACCAACGCUGGAGCUUAUCUCUCCGGGGGCUCCGAGUCCGGGACAGGGACCCGACCGCCGAGAACCCUCCUGCGCCUGGAAUCCACGGGCUCCUCGUUCUCGGACGCUUCACCUGGGUUGGCCCUGGGCCUCGCCGCACUCCCCUUUGCGUCGGUGUCCGGAAACUUGAUACCGCAGAGCACCCUGGGCAGCUGUCUGGACGAGGCCGUGUUCGACCAAAUCAACCAGCUGGGUUUGGACGGCCUGGACACGAUGGACAACCAGCUGCUGAGCUGUUUGGGGUGCAUAGAUCCACAGGUCCUGGAGGAUUUAGACUCCGAUUCUGGCCUUUCUUUGGAAAGCAGCUCUGCAAGCCCUGUGUCUCCAGGCUCGUCUGAGAUGUCUUCUUCGUCCAGUUCGUGCUGGGACGUGGAGUGCGGAGCCACCGGCUACAGCAGCGAGGCGGAUUCGGUCCCCGCCAAAGGCCUGGUGGACCGCCCCGCGCCGUGGCCGCCCGCCGACCUGAGCGAAAGCGUGUGGCACGACCACAGCUACUCCUCCCCCGCCCUCCUCACCAAGGCGUCCCUGAAGGAGGAGCCGCUCAGCGACGAGGACGAGGGCUCGCUGCUGGAGGAGCGGGAGCUCAGCCGGGACGAGCUCCGCGCCCGCGCCCUCUGCAUCCCCUUCUCCGCCAUGCAGAUCGUCAACAUGCCCGUGGAGGAGUUCAUGGAGGUCCUGGACAGCCACGGCUUCAGUUCAGACCAGGUGACCCUCCUGAGGGACAUCCGCCGGCGCGGGAAGAACAAGCUGGCCGCGCAGAACUGCCGCAAGCGCAAGCUGGACGCAAUCACCGGGCUCCAGGAGGAGGUGGACCGGCUGCGGGCCCAGAGGGACAGACUGCUGAGAGACAAGCACCUCACGGCCAAGACAAUGGGCGCCGUGGGCCAGCAGAUAAAGCAGCUGACCAGAGACGUGCUGGCCCGGCUGAGGGACGAUGCGGGGCAGCCCCUGAGCCCGGAGAGAUUCACCCUGCAGUGCGGGGCUAACGGACGGGUGGCGGUUCAGCCCAUCCGGCGGCCUGCCGUAGCCACAUCAGCGGGCCGAAAAACCACCAAGAGGAAGAAGGAGAAAAAGCAGUGACGCCCCCACAAGCUGGAGCCGCCAGCUCCAUUUUGGAUAUUACUGAACUCAAUUUCCAGCCUCUGGUUUGGAGAUCUCUCCUUUUGAAAAAAAAAAAGUGUGUGUGGAUUUGCCACUCUUGGGAUUCUAAAUGGGUAGAAGCUGCAGAAAACAAAAACAAACAAAAAAAAAGACACUCGGAGCAUUGCAAAUUAAAAACAGUAUUUGUAAAUAAUGAGAAAAUUGUAGCUUACACACUGGACAUUCUUUGCUCGCUAAAGAUGGGCAAAGCAAACGGGGUGUUUAAAGGGAACAGCUCAGCUACUGGUAACUUUAUCAGUCUCUCCUUGUGCCUGUUAAGAUAUGAUAAGAUGAUUACUUACAAUUUUAAAGUGUGACAGUUACUGGAUAAGGAUCUAAAGGAUUGGGUUGGGUUUGUUUGCGUGUAACUUGGCCUUUCUUUAUGCUCUACAAUAGAAGGAGAAGGUUAGAAUUUGUAUUUAUUAUAGUUUCCAAGGUUCUUGAAAUGCUUAAAUGCAUUAUGAGACUGUUCAAAGUGGUAAAUUUAAGUGAAAAGCAAUUGGAAUACAAUCUAUCUAAUGUUUACAGAAAAUCUUUCUGUUAGGUGUUUGGAUUUUUUAAAGUUUUCCUGUCAUUUGGGUGCUAAUGGUUCAUAUAAAUGUCUACCGUAUGAUUUAAAAAAAAAAAAAAAAAUUCGUUUUUUUUUAAUGCAGAAUUUAUCUUCCUCUCUUCCCUUAUGUCUUUGAAAGCAUUCUAUUCUACCGCACGUCUUGGUAUAUGUUAAUUUUGUCAAAGUUUAGGUUUCCUUUCUUGUUUUAGGGGCUUAAAUGUGAUAGUUCACAACUGAUUCUUAACAAGAUUCCUCAAUAGAGAUGAAACGUCAAUUUCCUAAAUACAAAAAACAAAAAAAAGAAUGUAAUCACCAAGUGUUGUGUUGGAUGCUGUUUAGAUGUUCAAGAUUACCUGAGAGUUGAUUUAUAAGGUCAGCUGGUGAGUGAAACGAAUACGAAAUGCUUCUAGUUUACAGUGCAAACGAACAUUCAGUUAGUUUCAAGCACAAUUUGACUCAGCCCCUUCAUUUCAUAUACUUUUUCCAACAACAUUAUGUUCUACCUCAUGUCUAAAUAUGUGUCAGUUUGGGUUGAAUAAAAGUUUUAUUGGGGGAGUUUAAGUGCACUUGUAAAACAAAAAUUCAUGAAAAUGAAUGUGACCCAAAGUAGACAAGUUACACUUUUACUGGAAAAUCCACUAACAAUGUCACUACACACACACACAUAUAUAUAUGUGUGUGUGUGUGUGUGU